AUGGACGAGUUCCAAUGCAUUCCGUUUUUUUUAUCAAAGAGCUCGUGGGGCUUUUUCCGCAGGAGAACCAAACUCCUCUGCCGCAAGUGUGGCAACCCAGUUGGCAUUGCUUACGACGACGAAGCUCCAGCUGCUUACCCUCUCGUAUCAGGUGACGAACCAGAGUUAUCCUCCUCUUCAGGCACUUCCGAAGCUACUACUAAACACAGAAAGUACGACAUUAAAAUCCGCUCUUUACAACCUUCUGCUGUUGAUAGAGUCGGUACGCCACAUUAUCUGUGA